GAGGAACGUCUGAAGAAAGAAGAAGCUGAGAAGCUUAAGCUACAGGUAGAAAAACGUAAGCAGGAAAAUGAGGCUAGGAAACUAAAGGAGGAAGAAGAACUUAAGAUGAAGGAAGAAGCCGAAAAAUUGAAGCUGGAUGAUGAACGCAAGAAGAAGGAAGAGGCUGAAAAAUUGAAGCUAGAAGAAGAUCGUAAGAAGAAGGAAGAAGCUGAAAAAUUAAAGCUGGAUGAUGAACGCAAGAAGAAGGAAGAGGCUGAGAAAUUGAAGCUAGAAGAAGAUCGUAAGAAGAAGGAAGAAGCUGAAAAAUUAAAGCUGGAUGAAGAGCGCAAGAAAAAGGAAGAGGCUGAAAAUCUGAAACAAGAGGAAGAGCUUAAGAAGAAAGAAGAAGCUAAAAAACUACAGCAAGAGGAGGAACGCAAAAAGAAGGAACAGGAUGAGAAACUGAGGCUAGAGGAGGAACGUCAGAAGAAAGAAGAAGCUGAAACACUCAAGCAGGAGGACGAAAAACGUAAACAAGAAGAGGAGUCCAAAACUCUAAAAGGAAAAGAAAAACGUAAGAAAAAAGCAGAAGCUGAAAAACUGAAACAAAAGGAGGAGUUUAAGAAACCAAAAGAAGAAGAUGAACGUAAAAAGAAAGAGGAAGCUGAAAAAUUGCAGCAAGAAGAGGAAAAACGUAAGCAGGAAGAGGAGGCUAAGGAACUAAAGGAAGAAGAGAAACGUAAGCAAGAAGACGAAGCCAAAAAGGCGAAAGAAGAAGAAGAACUCAAGAAGGAGGAAGCCGAGAAACUGAAACAAGAAGAUGAAAAACGCAAACAAGCAGAGGAAGCUAUAAAACUGAAAGAGGAAGAAGACCGUAAGAAAGUUGAGGAAUCUAAGAAACUGAACGAAGAACAAAAACGCAAGGACGAGGAAUCUGAGAAGCAGAAGCAGAAAGAAGAAAAACUGAAGAAAAGAUCAAAAGAAGAAAAGCUGAAGCAAGAAGAGGGAAAACCUAAGACAGAGGCAGACUCUAAGAAAAAGGAAGAAGAUGACAGGAAAAAGGAAGCAGAGGCCGAGAAAACAAAACAAGAAGAAGAAGAUCGAAGGAAGAAGAUAGAAGAAGAGAACUUAAAACUAGUAGAAGAGAAACGCGAGAAAGAGGCCGUGACUAAGAAGAAGGAGGAAGCCGAGAGGUUGAAGCAAGAGGAAGAAGAACGUAAAAGAAAGGAAGAAGUCGAAAGAUUAAAUAAAGCUGAAUCCGACAAAUUGAAGCAAACAGAAGAGAAGCUCAAGAAGAAGAAAGAACAACGAAAACUGGCGCAA